UCUGAGACGCACCGCUCUGGCGUCUGCUCGCCGGCGUUUCCCGCCGUUGAUCCGGUGAAUCAGGCCUUCUUCUCUGGCGGCUGCCAAGUUUUGAUGGGUAAAAAAGUUAAGAAGGCAGCCCGCAAUGCUCAAAAGGAGAAGCAGUCUCGAGUCUCUUCUCCCAAAACAGUUUCCCAAGAGAUUGUUCCAGCCAGCGAUACAGUGGUUGAUGGGGUUUCAGUUACUAAGGAGACAAAAUCAUGUCCUCAUCUGGAUAAGGGCAUUAAUUUGGAAAAGUUUUCCUUGAAAAUGGCAUCGCUAGAGUCCCUUAAAUGUGAUGAUUGUAGGGAAGGUGUGGCUGAUAGAAGGACAAAAAAGGGAAAAGGCAAGAAUGGAAAGAAUAAAGGCAGUGGUUCAAAAUCCGAGUCCUUGUCCAUAUGGGUGUGUUUGGAAUGUGGGCAUUUCUCAUGUGGCGGUGUUGGGUUCCCUACAACGCCUCAGAGCCAUGCAGCUCGGCAUGCAAAACAGAACCGCCACCCCUUGGUUUUCCAAUUUGCAAAUCAUAAUCUUAGAUGGUGUUUCCUUUGUAAUACACUUAUUCCGGUUCAAAGUUCAGACCAGAAUGGAGAACAAAAAGAUGUAUUAUCCGAAUUUGUUAAAAUAUUAAAAACUCGAUCAUCAUCAGAAACCCGUGUAGAUGUGGAGGAUACAUGGUUUGGAAGUGGCAGUGUUAUAAGUGGGAUAAAAUCAGUAAAUACCCUUCCAAGUUGCUCAGAAACUAGAGGUGGCUAUAUGGUAAGGGGUUUGGUAAAUUUAGGGAAUACUUGUUUCUUCAAUUCAGUGUUGCAAAAUCUUCUGGCAAUGGAUAAGUUGCGGGAUUACUUCUUGAGACUGGAGGGAUCUGUUGGGCCUCUUACAGUGUCUUUGAAGAAGCUUUUUGUUGAAACUAGUCCAUCAACAGUUGUCAGGAAUGUCAUCAACCCACGGUCCUUUUUUGGCUGUGUUUGUGCCAAGGCCCCCCAGUUUAGGGGAUAUCAGCAGCAUGAUAGUCAUGAAUUGCUUCGCUGCUUGCUCGAUGGAUUGUGUACUGAAGAGUCUGGUGUACGAAAACGUUCUGUAGAGGGCAACACUGCUCCAGAACAUGCUCUUACUUUUGUAGAUACCAUCUUUGGGGGACAAAUUUCUAGCACUGUUCGCUGCUUGGAAUGUGGGCAUGCUUCAGUUGUAUAUGAGCCAUAUUUAGAUCUCUCACUACCAUUACCGACCAAGAGAUCUCCAUCCAAAAAGGCCCCAUCAGUUUCUCGAUCCAAGAAACCAAAACUUCCUCCAAAGAGGCAGAGCAAGCGACUCUCCAAAACUAAAAAAGCUUCAGAUGCCUCGGUAGCUCAUAGUGUUUCAAAUAUUUCAGUCAGUGACGAAUCCUCUGGACCCGUAAAGUCUACUGAAGCAUGCGCUGAAACAAAUGUUGCUCCCUCAGGUGAUUCUACACGGCCAGAAUCUGCUGUUCUUGAUGGCACUGGUGAUACAAAUGAUUCAUCUCUACAGAAGCUCAUAGUAUUGCAAGGGAAUGGAAGAAAACAGAUCAAGGACAGUAGAAUCAAAGAAUCAGUAAUUUCUUCCGACAAUUUGGUUCAACCGGAUUAUGUUGAACAAGUCACUUUGUCAAACAAUCAUGAAAAGGCUACAGUGAAUUCAUCAAAUAUUUCGCCCUUGUUGGAUUACAGCGAGCCAACUAUGGUAUCAAAUGAUCGUGAUACAGCUGCACAUCUCGGUGAUGUUUCAGUCACCGAGCACACUAGCGAGAAGGAGCUGGUUCAGGACGAGUUGCUGCAAAGUACCGUGGAAGCUAAUGAGCAGGUUGACUCCACUGAUUCAGUGGAAACGCCACCUUUACCAGAUGAACCAUCAUGGUUGGAUUACCUUGAACCAAGUACUUCUACCGUUCAUGAUAUGGCAUCACAUAAUCAAGAACCAUCAGUAAUUCAAGAUUCUGGAAACAGGAACGGUAUCUCUUGGGAAGAUGAGCCCCUGUUAAAAGUUCGAGAAUCUGAAGUGUUGUUGCUUCCUUACAAGGAAGUUACUUCAACUAGUGGUGGCGAUGAGAUCACAUUGUCUUCUGUCACCACUAAACAAGAAUCCUCAGACUUUGAUGGCUUUGGAGGUCUGUUUGAUGAACCUGAGGUUGCUGCUGGGCCCACUGUGAAUCCCUUGUCAAAUGGAGUUGAAGGAAGUGGUUUUAUGGCCACAAGUAACAGUGAAUCUGAUCCUGAUGAGGUUGAUCAUACUGAUUCUCCAGUUUCUGUGGAGAAAUGUUUGGCUUAUUUCACUUCUUCUGAGCUUCUCACCAAAACCGAACAUGCCUGGCAGUGUGAGCAAUGUUCAAAAUCAUUAUUGGAGCAAAGGAUGAGACUAAAGAACAAACUGCAAAAACCUGUUCCAAAUGGAGGUGAAAACAAAAUUUCAAGUGCUUCAUCUGAUUCAGGCAUCGAGCACUUGCUUCCCAAUGGGGUCAGGAACCUUGACAAUCGAAGUACUGAAGAUGCUGUCCUUGGUGAAUCUGAUGAAAACUCGGUGUUGCAUAAUGGAAAGAGUGAGAACAGUCAAGUAGCUUCCGAGCAUGAAGAAGGUAAAAUUGUAGUGAAUUCUUCAAACGUGGAACCACCACAACAUUCAGUUACAGCCUUAAGCAAAGACCAUUGCUCCGAUCAGGAUACUGAAUCUUGCAGCAUCAACAAGCCCACUAAUAAAUGUAAGAAUGAGAAUGUUCAGCAAAGGGAAUCCAAGCUUCUAGCAAGGCAACAGGAAUUAGAUAGCAGCGAGGAUGAAGAGGUGGAUUCUAAGGGUGUCAAGGUGGCAAGGGAUGCGUCUAAGAGGAUUUUGAUCAGUAGGGCCCCACCAGUUUUGACUAUUCAUCUGAAAAGAUUCUGCCAAGAUGCUCGUGGCCGAUUAAGUAAAUUAAGUGGCCAUGUCAACUUUAGAGAUACAAUUGAUCUUAAACCCUACAUGGACCUGAGCUGCUGCAGAGAUAGAGAGACAUACAAAUACCAAUUGGUAGGAGUGGUGGAGCAUUUAGGGACUAUGAGGGGCGGCCACUAUGUGGCUUAUGUGAAAGGAGGUGCAAAGGGUGAUUCGGGGGCAGAAGACAAUGAGGACCACUUGUGGUACCACGCCAGUGAUGCUUAUGUUCGUGAGGCUUCUUUGGAGGAAGUUCUUCGUUGCGAGGCCUACAUCUUGUUCUAUGAAGAAAUUAUGUAGGCCUCAUAGAGGUAGCACCGAUGCAAACAUCUCAACUUGUGGAAAAUACACACAUAGAUGGUCGAUAUCGUUAAAUGUGAGCCAACACGCACUAAUCGGAGGUACAUGCUUACAUCCACCCUACGUUCUCGUGUCGCUAUCGCGGUUUCUGAAAUUUCCGUGUAUAAAAUCACUUUGUCCGUUGGAGGAGAAAGCAAGAACGGAAGAGAAUUCUCAUAAAUCUGUAUCGGAAGUGAUGUUUUCCGGUGACGGAGCUAGGAAGGGACCAACAGGUUGUUCGGUCGUCUGAUUUCUGUAGUUACCCCCCAACAACCAUGGAGUUUUUGUGGUAUAGCACUGAGUAAAACAUUUGUAACAUUAUUAUAGUUUCUUUUUGAUAAAUUCUAUGAA